AUGAGCGGCGAAGACAACCAAGAGUCUCAAUUUAGACAAGAUGAUCACCAGGCAGCCUACAUCUUCCGACCCAAGGGCGAGGAAGCUGUAGCAGAUCGACCUACCAAACGUCGGCGUGUAUCCAAGAAUGCGGUCACUGAAGAGGCCAAUGUCGCCGAUGCAUCGACUUUUGCACCGUUGCUGAAUGGGAGCGAGCUGGCUGAGUGCGUGAAGUUGCGCGAGAAGCUGUUUCGGACCAGUUGGGGCCGUCUCGAAUCUGAAAUCCAGAAAAUCCUGCGCGAUGCCAACUCGGCUACGCUGGACCAGGUCACGGCCUUUUUCCGGGAUCAAGCUUGUCCGCAAAACAAGAUUUCCUCAGCCUUCAUCAUCACUGGACCCAAUAUUUCAUCCCAGGAUCUACUGUUUGAGCAGCUAUCAGAAACCCUUGAGGAAAACACGCGAAGCAAAUUUGUACGCUUGAAGUCGUCCGAGGCCAUCAACCUAAAGGCUGCUCUCAAAACGAUUAUUGAGGAUGCCACAUCGCGGGGCUCUCUGGAUGACGAGGAUGUCGAGAUCUCACUCGGUCAAGAUGGGCGAAGGUAUUUGAACUACGACCUCGAAGGGCUUUACGCCUUUUCAAAGGCACAGCAGUGCGAUCACAUCUUCGUCGCAUUCCAAGACAGCGAAGGAUUCGAUAGCGCCCUCCUGUCUGACUUGAUUACACUCUUCGAUUCUUGGCGACCCAAGAUCCCGUUUACACUCUUGUUCGGCAUUGCGACGUCAGUAGAGCUACUUCAAGCGCGUCUACUCAAAUCUGCAUGCCAGCAUCUCUACGGCGCUCAGUUCGACGUUGUGCAAACCGGGGUCAUCUUGGAGCAAAUUUUCAAGGCGGCUAUUGCAGGAACCGAUGCCGCUCUCACCCUCAGCCAGCCCUUGUUGCAAAGCCUGGUUGUUCGACAACAGGACCAGGUUGCAAGCAUCCAAUCAUUUGUAGCUUCAAUCAAGUAUGCAUAUAUGUGCCACUUUUAUGCUAACCCGUUGAGCCUGUUUUCGAUGGAGGACGACGAGAUGAACAGCGAACUUGUGCAAAACGAACACCUCGAGGCUCUCCGAUCGCUCCCUUCGUUUCGGCACGAGGUUGAAAGCGCCGUUGAGGGCAAAGAUUUGAGAUUAGCAAGGUCUUUGUUGGAGGAUGACAGCCUAUUACGCGAAAAGAUUUUUGAUAUUCCAGAGAAGAAACGCGAAUGGGUCACUCGUCUCCUCCGCUCGCUUAAGCUUGUCCAGGCAACGGGUGUUAGCCAAGAAGACUUUCCCUCGAUAUACAUGAAAGCGGUAGCCAAGGGCAUCAGCCUUGCGACCGACGACUGGGACAUGGUUGAAAGCAUCAAGCGGAUGCAACCGGAUGAGUUUGUCUCGAUGCUCCAACAUAUUCGUGAGACCAUAACUUGUGGAGAUGACCACUUAUGUCUCGCCGGAUGGGAGUCCGAGGCCGGACACACGCCAUCUCUUGUACAGACCCUCCUCGACAGUUCAAAGGAGUUAGUAAGCAGGGCGCAAGAGGGUGGCACCACCUUGAGGAGCGCGUAUAGUGGCCACAGCAGAAUUCUCCGUACCACUGUUGUUGCACAAAAGGUGCAACUCAGCCAUGAUUCGGCUGCGCUUUCCGAAGACGAUAAAGCUUUUACCGAGAUCGUGGACCGUGUUGCGGAGCUUUUGCAAGACGUCAUAUGCUGCGAGCCGGCCGCAAGUGUUUUCCUGCACGAGACAUGGCUCUACGAUUCCAAGACACCCUACCGCGACGUUUUCGUACCCCGUCCCCAGGAUGUCUUUGAGCGGAGCCUGAAGCGACCGCAGGACUACCUCGCGUGCGCGUGCUGCAGCACAGAAGAGGGUAUCUCGACCACAUUGCCCGUUACUUCGCUGCUGUAUCAUUUGUAUUUGGAGACUGGCAACCUCAUCAACGUCGCGGACCUGUGGUCUGCAUUCUACGCAAUGGUGGGCGGCGGUGACGACGCAGAGAGCGAAGGGAACGCUGAUGAGCGGGCGGUGCUGGUCCUCUUCUAUCGGGGACUUGCCGAGCUAAAGGCUCUCGGCUUUGUCAAGGCGAGCAGAAAGAAGACGGACCACAUUGCCAAGAUCAAGUGGCUUUGA